AAAUCCGAGGGAGAGGAGCUAGCCGCCAUUUUCUAAGCGUCGCUCCCUUAAAAACGAGAGAAAAAGCGCUCGCGACAAACCCCUCCGCCUGGAUUACCCUCCGCGCGCCGAGAAUCGCGUUUUGUCGGUAACGGAUUACCGCCCGACACCGGGCACAUUUCGCAGUAAAUUAAGGGUCUGGGGGGAGGACGGAGUGUUUCGCGGCCUUGUCGUUUAUAUUCCGAGGCUAGCCGCUCGAGCGAAGCUGGAGAUCGUCGCUUCGCCCUGAAUCCGGAACGAGAGCCGAGCGGCUCCGCGAGCUGCGGCCUGUUGUUUUCCGUGUGGAGGCACAUCGGGCUGCAUUUUUUUUUUUUUUUUUUUUUGUGGGGGGUGGCGAGAUUACUAAAUGGCAGAGUGAUCGAUCCCCAAUCGGGCUUUUUUUAAGCACCCGUGGGCUUUUUUCCCCUUCCACUGAAAUUGCAGGGGGAUUGUUGCCGAAAUUCCCUCGGAUAGUGCAACCCUCGUCACGUGGCUGUCCUCCGGUGGGGCAGUAAGCGGGUGGUGUGGAGCAGGCCGCGGUGCCCGUCCCUCUGCACUGCAUGGCUGCGAUGGCGCCCGCUCUCACCGACGCCCCAGCCGAAGCUCACCACAUCCGCUUCAAACUGGCAGCGCCGUCCUCAAGUCUCUCACCGGCCAGUGCGGAGAACAACGGCAACGCCAGCAACAUCCUCAUCCACAGCGGCGGCCCCGCCAAGUGCAAGGCCGCGUCCGAAGACUGCCCGCUGGACUUCUGCGUCGCGGACCAGGAGCAGCAGCCCCAAGCCGACUCCGCGGCCCAGGCCUCGGCCCUGGGGAAGCUCCAGCCGCUGGUGGCGUCCUACCUGUGCUCUGAUGUGACACCUGUCCCUUCUACUAAGGAGUCAAUCAAGCUGCAAGAAAUCCUCAUCAAACAGUCCGUGUUGAAAACCCACAGAAUACUUCCCGGCUCGCUGCUCAACGGCGGAGGAGACUUCCUGUUGAGGAAGAGGCAGAUCGAACUCUCUGGCGGUCAGCUCAAGAGCCUCAUGAGCGGCAGCACCAACGGAGGCGACCAGCCCGUGGCGCCCGUCAACGGCCUGGCCAGGAAGCUGGCCGCCGGCCCCGGCUGCGUGGUGAACGGUGACAAGCAGUCCCCCGACUCCCAGAACCUGCCCUCGGAUUCUGAGACCUUGACGGCCACAUUAUCAGGACGCAUCCCGGUGAAAGGAACCCUCAAACCCAAGCAUUCCUCCUCCGGGGUUUCUCAAAACACAGACGGUAAAAACCUUGAACUCCCAGUGCGCCCGCCUAAUGCACUUUCCCCCUUUGCCCACGACGCCCCCGCCCCCCCUGAACAGGUGAGCCUGGAGGAGGCUGCUUCCCACACGUCGACCGGCCAGCCUCAGGGCUCGGACAGGGAGAGGCCGGGCGGCAGUCGGCAGGGCUCCCCAUCUUGCACACACGCGCCUCAGCCUCUGCCCUGCGCCUCCUCCUCGGACAGCCUCGACGCGCACGUGAAGGAGCGCACCCUCCUCAACAGCAGCCGCCAAUCUGAGAUCGAGAGCCGGCUUCGGCGCCUGCGCAAGCGUCUCCAGGUGGUGCAGGCCAAGCAGGUGGAGCGGCACAUUCAGCAGCAGCUGGGCGGCUUCUUGGACUCGGCGCUCAACCGGCUCCUGGUCGGCAAUCGCAAGUCGGAAACGGCGGUGCCGACGGCCACGUGGAGGGCCGGGCGCCACUCGUCCUCCAACAGCAGAGACGGCCUGGGUCGCUUCCUGAAAAGCGGCUCCAUGCCCCUGGAGCUGGAGCGGCUGUACCUGAGCGGCUCGGCCAACCUGCACUCCGCGGAAAGCGCCUUCGACUCCGACGUGACGGAGAGCAGCUCCGGAGGAGACUCCGACCUGGAGGAGGAGGAGCUCAGCAGGGUGGACAUCGAGCAGCGGCACGUCAAAAUAUGGAAGCGAGCGGAGAGCCGCUACACGGUGGAGCGGGCGGCCAUCAUCAGCCACUGGAACUGGCUGCAGGCCCACAUCUCGGACCUGGAGUACCGCAUCCGCCAGCAGACCGACAUCUACAGGCAGAUCCGAGCCAGCAAGGGCUCGGUGGAGCUGGGGGGCGUCUCCCCCGGUGCAGGUGGCACAGAGGUGAAGGCGGAGCCUGUGAACACUAAGGAUGUCGGUUCUGAGUGGCUGGAGCCCACAGGCCCCGCCCACAUUGGCACAGAGCCCGCCCCCUGGAAGGGCCACGGCACGCAGCCCGUUAACGGCGUGCUCUGCAGGAUGGCGGAGGACGCCAAGCGCCAGCAGCAGUCGACCUACGACAGCACGUGUGUGGCGGCGCGCACGCGGCCGCUCGUCGGCUGUCGGCGGCGGCGGCUCAUCCAGCCCAACACGGUGCCCAACCUCCACGGCAAGGCCCAGAGGAGCAGCUGUAUGCCGUGUAGCUGCAGGGUCAACCCCAGCUGUGGGAUGUGCGGUGGCUGGUCCACCCCCAGAGAGGACCCCCAGUACGAGCAGCCCACCCUGGAGCGCCUGUCGAGGCUGGAUCUAGGCGUUCACCCCAUCCUCUCCUUCCCCGACGACGUCUGCAUCGGGCUGCGUCUGCAGCAGGUGAUGAAGAGCCAGUGGCAGGCCAAGUCUCUGGAGCGGAGCAAACCUCUGAAGAAACUGUCGCUCAAACACAAGCUGUCCUCGUCCAAAGAGAAGCACAAGUUCACCAACUCACUCAUGGCAGUCAGCGUUGCAGGACUGGGCCACUAUAAGAACCGCGCUGAGAAGCCAAGGACGGUGGACAGCGGUGUGGGCGGCGCCGGUCUGAGGCUGGAGGGUCAAGCCGUGUGCAAGAGCGAGCGUCUGCAGGGGGGCCUCUCCACGUCGUCUUUAGGGCCCUACGACAAGAACUACGGCCGCAAGAGGCUGAGGGAGCACGCGCUGGACCGGACCGACACCUCCCCCAAACCCUUCAUGGACUCGAGCGGCGCCUGUCCAGCGCUGGCAAACAUGCACCCGUCGCUCCACAGCCCCUUCACACGCCAGCUGUCCACGUCGUCGGAGAACUCCACGCCGCUGGGCCACGGCAUGCAGAGCACACCCCAGCAGCCAAUCAAGAGGAGGCGAGGUGAAAGCUCCUUCGACAUCAACAACAUCGUGAUCCCCAUGUCCGUGGCUGCCACCACCAGAGUGGAGAAGCUACAGUACAAAGAGAUCCUCACACCCAGGUGGCGUUUGGAGGACAUCUUCUCGCUGCCCAUCACAGGGGAGGAGGACGAGCGGGAGGUGGAGGACCUGACGGACGCGGCCUUCACGCAGCUCCACCAGCCUCACGAGGACCAGGAGCGUUCCCGCUGGACCUGGAUGGCUCUGGCUCCGGCCAAGAGGCGGGGCAGCAGGUCGUACAAGUCCAUGGACGGGCGCACCACGCCGCUGCUGUGCGGCACCAACCCCCCCACCCCCCAGCCGGCGUCCCCCGACCCGCUGCACGACUACAGCUACGCGCCGUCGCCCAUGAGCCCCGCCAGCCCCGACACGGCGUCCAACCCGCACACGCCCGGCUCCCGGGACUCGAACCGCCUGCUGUCCAGCGAGGACACGCGCUGCUCCACGCCGGACUUCCCCUUCGAGGAGCGGACGGUGGCGCCCUGGGAGCGCCGCGGCUUCCCGCUACCACGGGACCCGGAGCCGGAGCCGGAGCCGCUGGCCCGCGUCAGGAGCCUGUCGGGCUACGGGCGGCUGGACUCCGACGACGCGGAGCCGCCUUGUGACGACGACCCCAAACUCAAGGCGUCCACCGCCCACCGGUGAAUGACUGACAGGCCCCGCCCCCUCCCCCCAUCUCCUCUGGCAUUAACAAGCAGAACCUCGAAGCGGAAUGAAACUAUUAAAUGGGUUCCUGUUGUUUGAUAUUCAAACAUCAGUCUAAUACUUUUCACAGUUUUUAGUGAACAUUAUGGAGAUAGAAGCCUUUCCCAACACUUGUUUUGUCACAGGAAAAAAAAAAAGGAUAAAUGUAAAAACAAAAAAAAGUCUGAGCACGUUCCAGCAGCUGUUUAGUGACGUGUCCACGGGGCGGUGCACACGCGUAGCGACUCCUCCACUAUGGCCAAAGGGUGUUUUCUAUGGACUAGUUUGCUUGUAAUUCCCAUGUACAUUUUUAGUAGAGUGAGAAAUUACAAAACAAGAAAAAAUACCCCCCCCCCCUCCAUCCAAAUAAACAGGUACAUUUGAGAUGCGGUUCCUCCUCCUUCCUCUAGAGGUCGCUGUCUUCACCAGAGCACUUCUCCAACUGCCAAGUCUCUUCUGUCGGUUCCUUUUCUUUGUUUUCAUUCCUGUUUUCUUUGUGAAUGUAACACAUUCUCUCUCUCCGUGUGUUCGUUUGUUUUAAAUAGUAAGAAUCAUUCCUCUACGGCCUCUUUUCAGAGUCCACAGCUCCGCCUCGCCCCGCCGGCGCUUCUCUGUUUCUUUUUUCUUUAUAUAUAUAUAUAUAUAUAUAUAUAUGUAUAUGAGGUGGUGGCGUAGAGGGAGAGAGGGGUCUCUAGAGCACAUGCCCUACAGUAAAGCGCUGCUGCAUGCUGCAAAAACAUGCUAAUGUUAGUCUUAUCACAACGGCUCACUGAGGACCCACUAGGUAAAAGAUAAAAAAUCGAGGGGGUGGGGUAUUAAGUUAAAUUGUGGGUUGAAAUGAAACAUGCCCCCCACACACACACACUUCCCUUCUCUGGUUCUCUUGCAAACAUUGUAAACAUAGCAGCUCUCAGCUAGAAGCCCCCCCCACCUCAGGUUUUUCAAUUUAAGGGAAAAUGUUCUGCUGUUUGAAGUUUCUGAUCAGAAUUCUGUUGCAAGAUGGAUUUAUCCCCCCCACACCUUAAGUAACUAAUUGCUAUGCAAAAAAAUACUGGUUGUUUUCAUUUUCCACCUCCGUUUUCUGGCCAUUCAAUCACUGUUUUUCUUUUCGUAGUAAGCAAGAUGUCAAUGUACCUGUUCGAUUGUUGCAGCAGUUAACCUAAUCAAAAAGAAGAUUUGUUUUUGUUUUUUGUAAAUAGUACCAUUAAAACAUUUAUGUUUAACUUGG